AUAAAUUUUAGGAAACUAUCAAUUGAUGGCAGAAUUUUUAUGUCAGAAAUGUGUUGGUGGAACUUCCGGCGUGCUCAUUACAGAUGUUUUAGAUGGUUGUGGAAACUGUAUACAUAGUGGAAGGCCUUGUCAUUGUAAUGGGAAAGCAGAUGAGGAUGUGUGUGGAGUGUGCAAUGGUGAAGGAAAGACUUGUGUCAAGUUAAUUGAAGUCAGUCCUCUUGUAGUUCCAGCAAUGAUGAAAACUGAGGUAUGUACACCUAUCAAUGGUUUCAAUUUAUGGAGCAUUUGGAGGAAAAAUAGGAAAACUUUCCUGUAUUUUCCAAGCUUUAGAUGGAAAUAAUUGGACAAGUACGCAUGGUGAAAACAAUAAAACAACAGCAGCCUGCAAUGUUCAACUCAGUUCAGG